UCCUAUUCGGUCCGUGAGCGAUGUCCUACUCUUGUUAACUCUGCUCUGAUCACUAAACAUUGCUUUGAAGACUUCGAGCCAAGGCUAGAUAACAACUCCAGUAACAAAGGGAACUAAAGUCAAGAUGUUUAGCGAGUCAGUGGAAAGGACAAGCAUCUCAAGUAGUUGUUGAAACAUCUAAGGAAUUCAGAUGUAACAUUAAUUCACAAGUAACUCUACUCUGAUAUAGCAGUCACAAUGUACAAACGUCUUUAUAGCGAACACCUACAGCUGGAGAGGGCCUUUGGCUUGUUGCGCCAUCUAGUAGCAGAAAGCCAUGGACAGGAAAGAACUGCCAAGAUACUUUCAUGGGCUGAAGAAAAACAGAAACUACAGAACAUAGUAGAAAGUUUGAAGAUGGUGGUGGGUCAACUAAAACAGGAGUUGAAAGAGGCUCAAGACCAGAAUGAACUUUUAGAAUUUCGUUUCUUGGAACUUGAACAAUGCCAGUUUAAGGUAACCGAAGAUGAACAGUUACGCGAGAAAGGUGUAAAUACAGACUCAUGCAUUGAAAAUCAAGAUAUUUUAGAUUUCGAUGACGUCAUCAAGAAGUGUGAGGCAACGAAUACAAAG